AUGGUCAAAGUAUCUCUCACAGUAGGAAAAUUAGAUGCGUCACUUGCUCUUCUUCUUACUGAGGACCAUCACUUAAUUGAAUUUCCCACUCUUUUGUUACCACCUGAUGUCGAGGCUGGUUCUAUAAUCACAAUUUCAUGUGAUAAGGAUAGUAAACUGGAAGAAAACGAUAGGAAAGUCUUUCAAACCAUUCAAGAACAAAUUGUAUCAGAAUUUGCAUUGCGUAAGCCAAGUCCGCCUAAUUUGAAGAUUAAGAAUGUUACACAGACAAGUUUAGUUUUAGAGUGGGAUCCGAUAGACGUGGCUACUGCCGAUAUUAUCUCAUUAACUCUUUACAAAAACGGUUCUAGAUUUGGUGCCAUUCCUACACCAUUGAAAAGAACUGGAACUAAACUUUCUGGUCUGGCUAUUGAUAGCAGCUAUACCUUCCAUUUGGUCCUGAAAACAACGGCAGGUACCUUCGAGUCCGAAAAGGUGGCUGUUAAAACCCACAAGAUGACAGAUUUGUCAGGUAUAACUGUAUGCGUUGGGUCAUUAGAUGGUAGUGAAAUUAGUAGAGCAGACUUAGAGGAAACAGCAGAGAAGAUUGGGGCUAAGCCGUUACAGGAUUCAGUAAAACUUGACACUACUCAUUUUAUCUGCACUCAACCCGAGGGUGCACAAUGCAAGAGAGCACAAGAUUUGAAUAUCCCUGUGGUUAGACCAGAGUGGUUGAAGGCGUGUGAAUCUGAGAGAAGAUUAGUCGGUGUAAGGGCAUACUAUCUUAAUGCUGAUCCCAAGUUGCGGCCGCCUACUUUCCAAAGAUCUCGAGCUACUUCUCAAGCAACGAUAGCAUCUGGCCCCAACUCACCAGCAGUUAAUGGAGGAACUCCUCCUGCUUCACGUGAAAAGACUAUUCCAGAAGUCGUUCAGAAUGACAGGACAACUACUCAGAACUCUAAUGUUCCCACUGUGCAUGUGACAGCGCCUGAAGAUAAUGCAGAGUCAUCUGAAGCUGUUACAAAGGACAACUUACCCGAAGAUGAAAGUUCAGCACCUGAGCCGUCGUCAAGUGAAAUCCCCCUGGAUGAGGGAGCUCAUGAAGAAGAACCAGCUGCUCAUGGUACAGAGGAAAGUACUUCCGAAAAUGUAGACCCCAAAGUAGAAGAUUCCAGCCCAGCUCCUGUUGAAGACCAUUCCGUUAACAAAGAAGCAGCUGACGAAGAAAUUGUUGCAUCUGAACCUUCUCAGGAAGUAGAAAAUAGACAGCGGGUGGAAACCAGUGAGGAGGAUAGUACUGCACAGGUUGUUACAGAAGAUUCCACUGAAAAGGAGGAUCAGAAAGAAGAAGCAUCAGCGAGUAAUGCUUCUUCUGUAGAGGCUGUAAAUGAACCCUCAGAAACAAGGGAAGAAGUACCCGACAAGGAGCAGAAAGCCUCAGCUGAAAGUUCACACGACAAUGAUCUGGAAUCAACUCCAAAUGAGACUGUAACUAGUGAAGUAGCUCAGGAGGAUGACGAGGAUGAUGAUGAUGAUCAAGAGGAAUUAAAUGCUAAUUCUGAAUCUGUAGACACUUCUGCUUCAAAAAAGAAAAAGAACAAAAAGAAGAAUAACAAGAAGAAAAACAAGAAGAAAGAUGACGCCCCUGCCCCAUUAGAAGAUGUACAAUUAUAG